AUGUCCGACUGGGCUGGUUUGUUAUUGAAGGUUAUCUACUAUUAUGGACACCUUAUAGGACUAAGCAACUUUGAGAUUGACUGGCGAAGAGGUCGAGUUUUUACAUCCAAAAAUAGUACCCUCCUCGGGAUCGCUAUCAACUUCAUCAUUUUUAUUCUCAUUUUUGUUCAAUCUUCAAAGCAAACUAACUUCGGUGUGUUCAUCGGUAAGGGUAACAAGCUACACCUAUAUGCCAUCAUGGUUAUGGUCGGACUGAGAAUGACUUCAGGUCUAUGUACCGUUAUGAAUAGAUGGCGCCAGAGAGCCCGAUUAAUGCGCUUGGCCAGAAAAGUACUUCGUCUUUAUCUAGCAAAACCUCAGGUUAAGAGAAUUUCUCGCUGGGGAAUCCUCAUUAAGGUUGUCAUAGCCAUAAUCACCGACUUCCUUCAAAUUGCACUCACCUGGAAUUCAGUAGCUCGAACAAAUUCUAAUCAGUCAUUGGGGUUAACUUUGCAGUUCUGGAUGUCAGCCAUUAUAAAUUUGGCCACAUCGCAGCAUUAUUUGAUAACGCUUUUUGUUCGGGCUUAUUAUCAUCUCCUCAAUACAGAACUGCGACAGGUGAUCAACGAAUGCAUAAUCUUAAGCCACCUUCCUGUACGAAAGGGAUGCUUCAUGACCAGGUGUUGCUCUCUGGCGGAUCAAGUAGAUAAUAUAGCUAGGAUCCAAAGUCAACUGCAAUCCAUUGUGACGGAGUUAAAUGAAUUUGUCGGCAUCCAAGGAUUGAUGGUUUAUUCUGGAUAUUAUGUCUUCUCAAUUAUAACCACUUACUUUAUGUACAGUAUUACCAAAAGUGGUUUGGAGGAUCUACAACUGACUAUCAGUUCUGUAAUAUUAGCCAUUAGCUGGUGCUUCUUCUACUAUCUAGACGCCAUGAUCAAUCUGUUCAUCAUGCUCAAUGUUCUAGACGAUCACAAUGAAAUGAAACGACUUCUAGAGGAACGAACACUGUUUGCAUCCGGCUUAGAUGUACGUUUGGAAGAAUCGUUUGAAAGCAUCCAAUUACAGAUAAUUCGAAAUUCAUUCAAAAUUGAUGUAAACAAAUUAUUCUCUCUUAGUCGCAGCUCUGCCACGGCGAUGUUUGGAUCAAUAAUAACGCAUUCAAUAUUUCUCAUUCAAUAUGACAUGGAAUAUUUUUAA